AAAAGAAAUGUCGUUCCUCGGUGAAGUGUUUACGUUCACCAACGUACUUCUACUGUUAUUACUAGUUCUGUUGUUGAUUUUAUGGAAACGCAGUCAAAUUCCCAAGGACUUGCCCCCAGGUCCUAAAGGAAUACCUUUGCUAGGAGUUGUAAACAUAAACCCGCAAAAAAUGUUUGAACAAUUCCGAGAGUUUCGGAAAGAGUAUGGGGAUGUCUUUGGGUUUUACAUAGGCAGAAGUUACUCGGUUAUAAUAAAUGGAGAGGAGACAAUUAGAGACGUGUUUGUUAAGAAGGGAGAUCUUUAUUCUGAUCGACCGGAUUAUAUAUUAACGACAGAAUUUGGUGGUAAUCAGGGAAUUUUAUCGAAUUCUGGGAGAUCAUGGAAGGAACAGCGGACAUUUGCUCUUGCAACACUCCGGGACUUUGGAGUUGGAAAACGAAGUCUAGAGGGGCGGAUCCUUGAAGAGGUGGAAGUAUUUUUAGACGCAGUCAAAGAGCAGGGCGGACAAGCAUUUGAUGUAAAGCCUUUUAUUCACGUCAGCGUAUCCAACGUAUUGUGCUCCAUUUUAUUUGGAAAAAGAUUUGGGCAUGAUGAUGCCAUGUUUUUGGAAUUGGUCAAACUCCUAAAUGACUGUUUAACAGGGGCGGCACUAAUUUCGCUGAUUGAGUAUUUUCCAUUUCUGAGGUACCUUCCAGGGGAUCUCAUGGGCCUGAAAAUGUUGAAACGAAAUACAGCGAAGUUGGAGGCCUUUUACGACAAGGUCAUUGCAGAACAUAAAUCAAAAUGGAUGGAAGGGAAAAAGGACGACUUCAUCGACUGUUACCUGACGGAAAUACAUCGUCGUAGAAACAACAGCGACAGUGUGUUCAACGAGAAGGAACUGAGUCGAGUCCUGUCCGAUAUGUUCAAUGCCGGAACUGAUACUACAGCCACGGUGAUACGCUGGAUCAUAGCGUACCUCAUCAACUACCCGGAUGUCCAAACCAAACUCCGCAGAGAAAUUUAUGAUAACCUCGGCAAGGAUCGCUUGCCCUCCUUGGACGACCGCUCUAAUCUUCCCUACACUCUAGCUGUCAUCAACGAGGUACUCCGAAUUGGUAUUCCUUCUUUCGGAGUUCCUCACACAGCAGCUCAAGACACUUACAUUAACGGGUACAGGAUCCCCAAAGGAUGUUCCAUGCUUCUAAAUAUUGAUUCAGUAAACUUUGACCCUAAAAUGUUUCCAAAUCCAGACGACUUCAAUCCUGAUAGAUUUAUCAAGGAAGAUGGAAAGUUUAAUGAUAAUUUGAAGAUUCUGACAUUUUCUGUAGGAAGAAGGGUUUGUCUUGGGGAAUCUUUAGCCAGGUUUGAAAUCUUUCUUUUUAUUGCCUCCAUUGUCCAAAAGUUUGAGCUUCUACAAGACGGGCCUUUACCCCCCUCCACAACCCCCGUACUGGGAAUCACCUUCAGUCCUAAAGAUUUCAAGUUCCACGCCAAGCUGAUUGAUUCGUAGUACAGUUAAUUUAGAGGACAAAAUACUUCACAGGUGUCAUGUCUUUGAUAAACAAAGACUUUUAACGUAAUGUGAAUAUAUGGCAGGUGAUUUUAGCUAACCUGUGAUAGAUAAGUUAUCAUCUAGAGAGAUGAGAGACUUGCAUUGGUUGUGAUUCCUACACUAGCUAGUCCGUCAUUGUAUCGCAAUCCAAUUCAAACAAAAGGGAAGCUCUAAACACUAAUGAAAAAUGCUUUUUGUACUUUGAGAAAAAUAUAUCAUAUAAAGGUGCAAAUAUUCUGUGUAACUAGUUCAUUCUCAACAUAGGGUACCUGCCUUAUUUCUGCAGAAAAAAAUGUUCGAAGACAAUGAACUAUUUGUGAACAGAAAUCACUGUUGUUUACUUGCAUCGGGAAAAUUAAUGGAAAUAAUAUAUUCAAUUACUUAAUCUUGGUCUAACAUAACAUUAAGUAUACUUUAAUUCAUAAGAAAUUGUGUCAUUAACUGUAGAAUCCCAUUUAUUCUAUUUUUCUUCGAAGGGCAGAUCACUCUAACUCAAUAAAAAUACCCUACAAAUAGAGCUCUUUAGUGUGCAUUGUUUAGAGCUUCCUUACAUAUAUAGCUGAUUUUUAUAUCGAUAUUAAAGUAUUAUACUAAUUUUUA